AAAAAGCUCAGGCUUACAAAACCGAGAAUGUUCCUUCUUGCAGUCCGAAGCGCAGUCGUGACACAUCUCUAGGCUAAGCGGCGCCUGUGACCAGCUCUUUAGAGGAGAAACAGUAGAGGCAAAAGAGGAGGGACAAAUCGGGGAUAUCCAAAAGGACAAACGGAAAGAGGAGCUGGUAUCUGUGUUUGACGUGGGUUCAGCUUGAGGCUCGUCUGCCCCAGAACCGGGCACUUGCUUGCGUGUCCGUCCUGAUCUCGUUCCAGUGUCGUCUGUGUUGGUGUGAUUUAUUGUGGCCAUUCUGGAUUAGAAACAUGGCCCAGUACUCAAAUAAACACUCACAGUUCGUCAAGAUCGCCUUCGUCGCUGUUCUAGGAUGUGUGGCUGUGGCACAGGCUUUGACCGUGGAGGUGAAGGACGGGAAUAGGACCUGCAUCAAGGCCGAGCUCUCUGCUUCUCUUUCUAUUGUGUACAGCACAAGCAAUGCAACGAGCACAGCCAGCCUGCCCCUCCCGGACUCGGCCACGCUGGGCAGCAGCAGCUCCUGCGGGGGGGCCGGCCGGGCCCCCUGGCUGGCGGUCGCCUUCGGGAGCGGUCACUCCCUGGGCCUCGGCUUCAGCAGCGAUGGGAACCAGUACAGCGUGGACAACCUGACGCUGGAGUACAACCUCAGUGACAGCGCGCUCUUCCCCGAUGCCUCUGGCUCCGGCCUUGUGACCCUGUCGACAGCUUCUACUGGGAUCCUUGCUGGGAUUAACACCACCUACCGGUGUGUGAGCGACUCUGUUGUAAGGCUGGGCGGAGAUGGAGUCAGUGUCACCUUCUCCAAUGUAAAGAUGGAGGCCUACAUGCCGGUGGACGACCUCAGUUUGAAUGAGACCAUCUGCACUGCCGAUCGGAGUGUCACCACACAAGUCCUGCCCACCACUCCUCCCAAAACCAGCGCCGUGACAACAGGCCCUGCCCCUACCCCUCCUGGCAACCCCGAACGAGGAAACUACACCGUCACCAACAGCAACGGUACCAUCUGCCUCCUGGCGCGAAUGGGACUCCAGCUCAACCUUACCUAUACGCCAAGCUCUCUGAACACGACCAUCCAGCAGAUUAUGAACCUGCAGCCAAACCAGAUGAGGAACACUGGAUCCUGCGGUCAAAGCAGCGCCACCCUGUGGCUCCUAGAGGAAGACACAAACACAAACCUCAGCUUUUCUUUUGCACUGAACACCACGACUAACAAGUACCACCUGAGUGCAAUCAGUUUAACCGCUGCCUGGCCAGACAUGUCAGAGCCCUUCUCCGGCAGUAACGGCAGUCUGGAUUACCUGCGCGGGACUCUCGGACGGUCCUACAUGUGCAGCGCGGAGCAGACCCUCUUCGUGCUCUCAAACUUCUCCCUCAACACAUUCCAGCUUCAGGUGCAGCCCUUCGGAGUCAGCGGGGACCAGUUUGGAGCAGCGGAGGAGUGUCAGUUGGAUGAAGACAACAUGUUAAUCCCCAUCAUUGUGGGGGCAGCACUGGCUGGCCUGGUGCUCAUUGUUCUUGUUGCCUACCUGAUCGGCAGGAAGCGGAGUCACGCUGGCUACCAGACCAUCUGAUCACCGCCCGUCACCUGAUCAAAGAGAGAGGAUGUUCAACAACCACUGCUACUAACGACUUUCACCAGACUCUGUACAAACACCCCCCCCCUCCCUCCCCCUGCCUGUACUCCACCUGGUUUACUUCCUGUCACAUGAUCGAAGGGAGAGGAAGUUAAACCUGUGCUACUAAUGACUGUUGCCAGACAUUGCAGAUCCCCCCCAGCUCCUGUUAUCUUCCCUGUGCAUAUUGGUUACCCUGUGUUCUUAUUAAACAGGGUUUUUGCACAGGGCUGUUUGACCCCUGACCCCUGAUUUAAACUGGGUUUCUGCAUAGGGAGGUUUGACCCCUGAUUAAACAGGGUUUCUGCAUAGGGCUGUUUGACCCCUGACCCCUGAUUGAAUCAGGUUUCUGCAUAGGGCGGUUUGACCCCUGACCCCUGAUUAAACCAGGUUUCUGCUGCAUAGGGCGGUUUGACCCCUGAUUAAACCGGGUUUCUGCAUAGGGCGGUUUGACCUCUGACCCCUGAUUAAACCGGGUUUCUGCAUAGGGCAGUUUGACCCCUGAGCCCUGAUUAAACCUGGUUUCUGCAUAGGGCUGUUUGUACCGUCUUGGCCUCUCGAGCGUGAGGUAACAGCGCUGGAUGUUCUGCGCUCCACCGUGUGUGGCUUCUGUUUGCUUUUCUCUGAAUAGACUUGCGCUUUCUAAGAAUGAAAGGAAUUUGCGUUAUUUUGUAAAUAAUUGGACAUUUUGUGAUUACAUGAUAUAGCUCAUUAAAAACUCUCAAGGAGGAUGUCUGUUUGGCGGGGUGGGAUCAAGGGGGGGGUGGGGUCAUCUGUGACAACAGAGCUGCCUGUCACUCAUCCCAGGAGGACUCCAGAUUGGUUGAUCCCAGCACAGCCGUGGUUGACAGGGUAGCCCACCGUUGGCACUGAACUCAGGAGUGGGUCGGGGAGUCUGUAAGCGCGUGAGUAGCGGUAGGGUUGUGUCAGUGGCGUGGAUAAUGUGUCUUGCUUAAAGUAGAAUGACUGCAGUGCUGGGAGAGAUGUGAACUUGGCAUUAUUUGCUCACAGGAUAUAUUUUGAGUUGAAGGUGUUUGAAGAUGGCGUUGGGUGGUAGGGAUGCUGUUUUUCUCGUUGGUGAGCUCUGCAGUGCGCUUUGGUUUCGGCCUUCCCCCUCCGUCUCUCCCUACCAGCCGAGGCUGCAGCGGGGUCGCAGGGCAGCUUGGCUUUUUUUGCCUUUAUUUUGUAUCACUUGACGUCACCCAGGAGCCAUCGGGACUCCUGUGAAAAGGGAAUAUUUUCUGGUACCAUGCCCUCUAUUUGCUCUCCCCCCCCCCUUGUCUGCUAGACCAAGUGCUCUACUGCACCCACCCCUCCCUCCACUUUUCUCAUGUGCACGACUGACCUUAGGAACAGAGUUGCACAGUUGAGUAGCGUGUCCUUGCUCACAGUUUAAACGACGCUCAGCCUUUACUGAGGAGAGGAAUUUGUUUUGUGUUAUUUAUCCCUUCAUCGUGUAGCAGGUGCUGCAGGGUGCAAGGUUCUCCCACAAUUCCCUCUUCCCUGUGGUCCUCCCAGCCACUAGGGGCAGCGUGAUGUCACUGCAGCCAGUGGGCCUGGCUGCCCACUAGCUUGCCCCCCCCCCCCCAAAACCCACCAUUAUGUCACUCAUUGUUGUGUGUGUAUAUGGCUGCACUCUAGUACAGUCAACCGCAGCAUGCUUCGUUGAAGAUUAAACCCCAGGUUUAAACUUCUUGAGCAGCUAGUCAUUUCAGGGUUUUGGAUCGCUGUUCCAGUUCAUCAACAGGCCCGUACUAAGCUCACUGCAACUGACACAAAGGGUUUUUAUGUAAAACUCUUCAGUGUGUAACUAUGAGCAGGUACUGCUUUCCAAAUCCUCUCACCACUGACUCCUCUCAGCAACCCUAAACUAGGCUGGGUGGUUGAAGGGACUGGAAAUGCAGAACUAGAACCACGCUGACCCAAAUCCAGGACCGGAGUGCCCACUGUCCCAGAGAGUCUCGUACUUGUCAGUCCAAACACGCCACCACUGUCCCAACACUGCCCAUCAGAGAUGGACAGUGUGCUUCCCCAAUUCCUUUCUCUCCUCAUUGGCUGUGUUGGAAGCAGCAUACUACUCCUACUAAAUUUCAUGGAAAUGUAAUGCGAGUAGUAUGCCAAGUAUGCAGUUUCGAACACAGCCAUUCUGUUUUUCGACACUAAACGGACAUUGAACUUGCUUUGACACCAUACCUUGGAGGGGAAGCUGGGAAAUGGUGUUCUAAAGGAGGUGUGUGGCCUCAAAACGAUGUGUAAUAUUCUUUUCUAACCCCCUGAAAGUUAAUAUUCACUGUAGCGAUUGAUCUUUUAUUUUUUGUAGAGGAAUGCUUUGAUUUUUUUUAUAUGCAUCUUGGUGAGGUAAAAUAAAGGAAAUUGAUAGUC